AUGUCCUUAGAAAAAGAAAAGGAAAAGGAAAAGGAAAAGGAAAAGGAAAAGGAAAAAGAAAAUGGGACAGGACCAGCCAAAUCUGAAGAAGAUGAUGCAACUUCAAACCAGAAUGCUCCAUCCCUCCUUUCCCGCAUCGCAGCCUCGGCUACAGGACUGACCCGGAACGCCUCCAUGGCCCCGGCCAGCGCGACCGACUUACAAAAUGCUGCGUCGAGUUCAGAAAAGGGGCGAUCGCUCCCCGGUGCAUCCUCCAGCGGAAGAGCUUGGGCAGAGAGCUCCAAAUCAACGCCAAGUCAUCCGCAAACAAACUCCCAAGCGAGCAGCUCCUCCGGCCUGCGAACCACCCACAGUGAGCAACACGUCCAAGCUUCUGAACAACAAUUCCACUCCUUUCUAGACGGAAUCCCCUCCUUCGUCCCCUUGGGAAGCUUCGGCACCAUCCCCGUGGCGGACGCGAGGAGCAGUUUCGACGAAGCCUGGUCGCGAUCCCUAGCUCAACUUGCCGACUCUUCACGCAGGACGGUAGCGGAGCAAGAGAGCAGAGAUGGCGAGGAUGUCGUUGCCCUACUAUCACAGCCUGCUGCCCUAGAGACCCCCCCGGAAAUGGAGGAAGAUGAGAACUAUGACUGGGGCCUCACGCCUGCUCAGAUCUCCCAGCUGAGGGAGAGAACAAGGGAUCUUUUGCCUGCUCCUGAACAGCAUGGUCAUCUAUCUGAAAACAACGCGCUGAAUCUACUUCCGGAUUUCCAAGGCCGGGAAGAGGCGCGAGAGCAGUAUCUGAAUGACUGGAGUGACGUGUUGAAUCGGUACGCGGAUGAGGUCUGGGGUGGACUCUUGCCGCUUGUGAAGGAAGCGAGGAGGGAAGUCGAAGAAUUGAAGGCGGACGAGCAUGGGAUCGAACAGUCGAAGACGAAGGCUAUUAGGAGGCUCAAUGCUAUCCUGGGCCAUUUAGGAUAG